AUGAUUAUGGACAUUGGUCAACAACACCAGCAAGAGCAAUAUCAAAAUCAUUAUCUCUAUCAGCAACCUAAAUGGUAUAUUGAUCACAACGGUGGUAUGUCGUGUGAUCUGUCAAGAACGGAGGAAUCAGAAUUAGAAUUAAUCGAAAAAGAUUUAGCAGUCAGUUCUUUUGCUAAGAAUCAGCAUAAAAGUCAUUCAUUCUAUGCAGCAAAAAAUGGCAGCGGUUUCACUUCUAACGAACCAAUAUCUAUAUUGUCCACAUCCUUUUCUGGUUCUGAAGCUGGGAAUGUCGUGAAAAAACAUGCUCAUAAUCAGGUUUUUGUUGAACUAUAUGAUUUGGAUUUGCAAAAAGGAGGGAAAUGGACUGAAACAGCUCGGUGGAUAAAAUAUGAAGAGGAUGUUGAAGGAGCGGAUCAUCACUGGGGUCAACCACAUGUGGCAUUCCUCUCAUUCCAUGCUUUAUUAUCACUGCGAAAAUUUAUACGCACAGGCAUGAUUUUACUUGACUGCAAAGCUAAAACCUUCACGGAUGUUUGUGAACAGGUUGCUAAUGCUAUGAUUUUGGAGGGAAUAAAUUGCAAAAGAAAAGAUAUUCUACAAAUUUUAUCAAUGAAACAAGCGCAUCCUUUUUCACGACGACUAACUCCUUUACUGAUAGCUGGCACAAUUUUCGAUCGUCGAUCUGAAAACAGCAUUUCAAUAACGGGAAAUAUGUUGGAUAAUAGCAAGUCACAUAAAGAUGUGAUAAACAGAGAACAUUCAUUUCAAAUACAUGAUCGCAAGGAACCGACAAUCGUAGAAACGGAUGAAAGGACGCGUGAUUCAGUGAGUAAUGUACGAGUACCAUAUAAGCAACAGAGCUCUCCUAAUCUUCCUACAAGUCCUGCAGUGCACGAGCGAUCGUUUACAAACUGCAUGAAGCAAUCAACAUCAGUGCAUUCAGAAUGUUUGGGAAAGUUUGGAACACAUUCAUCAGAAAUCUAUAAGAGUGAAGACAUUUUAAAGAAACUUCCAAUUGGUAUCGAAACUGUACAAAUUUUUGUCGGCAUUAUUUCAACGCUAACAAAAGCUCAUUUUGUUAUGCUUCGACUUAAAGAGCCAACCUUAUAUACAGAAAUUUUGGAUGGUGAAGUGCCGGUCCGAUUCAUUAUCGUAAUCUUGGGACCUGAUCAAUCAGAUGUUAGUUAUCACGAAGUAGGAAGAUCUAUCGCAACAUUAAUGACUAACAUGGAAUUUAGCAGUGUUGCUUAUAAAGCAACAGUUCGUGAAGAAUUGAUCAGCGCGGUAGAUAACUUCCUCGAUGAUUCGGUUGUUAUUCCACCUGGUGAAAUUGAUAGUAAACGUCUGCUGUCUUGCGAUGAAAUACGAAAAGCAAUGAAAAAACGACGAAAUCGGAAAAAUAUCAUUGAAAAAUGUGACCCUAGACCUCAAAAAACUGCACAGAAAAAUGAUGGCAGCUUUACAAAACAUCGUAUUAAAGAGGGAAGAUGUCGUUUUUUUUCUGGAAUGAUUUCUGAUUUUGAAAAGCGGUUUCCGUAUUAUUGGUCCGAUUAUCUUGAUGCGUUCAACUUCCAGUGCCUUGCAAGCGUUGUAUUCAUGUUUUGUGCCAGUUUUGCACCUGCAAUUACAUUUGGCGGUCUUUUAGGGAAAUAUACAAAUGAAAAAAUCGGCAUAAUUGAGACGUUAAUGGCUCAAUGCAUCUGUGGCAUUCUUUGGGGAUUACUAGCUGUUCAACCUCUCAUGAUUAUGAGUGCGACAGGCCCUGUACUCGUUUUUGAAGUCAGUUUGUAUGCGUUUUGCGAAUAUCUUAGCAUUGAUUUUCUAACACUUCGGCUUUAUUCUGGAAUAUGGGUUUUACUUAUUUCUGCUGCUACUGUUGCGGUAGAUGGUUCGAGGAUGUUACGUUAUGUGACACGUUUUACAGAAGAUAUAUUUGCUUCACUUAUAUCAGUCAUAUUCAUUGCUGAGAGUUUGCGGUUUCUUUACCAGACAUUUGUCAACAACCCUGUUGCAAACUUCGAAUUUUAUAAACGGUACCGUGAUGAAUGUGACACAGGUCGUACUAGACCAUUGGAUUCUGAAAAAUCUAUUAAUUGUCAUGGUGAACCAAAUACAGCCUUGUUAACCACUAUUAUUAUGAUAUCUACCUUUGCAUUAGCGUAUGGAUUAAGACAGUUACGACAAAGUUAUUAUUUAGGAAGAACGCUUCGACGUGCCAUUGGUGAUUUUGGAGUAUUAAUUUCAAUUGCAGUGGUUGCAAGCAUAGCGCACUUUUGUGUCCCUGAUCCAUAUUUACAGCGCCUCGAAGUGCCUGACAGUUUCAAUUUUACCAAUGUUGAAGCAAGAAGACAUGGUUUAUUUGUCUCUGCUUAUCUUCCUUUAAACCAGUUAUGGGUGAUUUUAGUGGCAUUGGUCGCAGCACUACUUGUUUUUAUACUAUUGUUUGUUGAAACAGAAAUUACUGAGCUUUUGCUGUCUCGAAAAGAUCGAGGCUUAGUUAAAGGAAGUGGUUUACACUGGGAUCUGCUAUUAAUGGGCCUAUGCACCUUGCUUUGUAGUGUGUUUGGUUUACCUUGGAUGUGUGCUGCUGCUGUUCAGUCGCUUGCUCAUUGUAGUUCAUUAUCUGUUCCCAAAAAAACUGCACCUGGAGAAAGGCCUGGAGUGGAUCAUGUCAUUGAACAAAGAGUGACCACAAUUGGAGUAUCACUUUUAAUCGGAUUCUUUGCUUUCGGGGGUUCAUAUUUGAGGCUUCCACUUGCAUCAUUAUUUGGAGUUUUUCUAUAUUUAGGCUUGAUGAAUCUUGUGGGAGUACAAUUUAUUCAACGGAUUAUCCUUUUCUUUAUACCCAAAAAAUAUUUCCCUGAUACGCCUUACACAGAAUCACUAGAUAGUAACGAUGAAUCGGAUAAUGAAAGUGGCUGGCUAGAAAAAGAUUAUUAUGAAGAUGCACCGCUACCUGUAUAA